UGUAUAUCUCUUUUAUCCAUUCAUGAUAUACAAGAAAAAAUCGCAAAGGUGAGUUAGUUUUAGGAACAAUAUAUCUAUGAAGUUCGGUGAUUAUAACUAUGAGAUGCAACUUAAGAAUGAGGUGAAUUAUGAUUGCUAAAUUUUUUUAAUUUAAAUUUCUUAAGUAAUAAUAUGAAUGCUACUAAAAAAGAAGAUAAAUGCAUAAUUUAAAGUAGAAAAUUUCUUUACCCACCUCCCUAUGGGUGGUCACCUCCUGCGAAAAACCAAAACUACCCCUGCUUCGGAAGUUCAUUUCCGAAAGCGUGUUUUUUUAAAAAAAUUGACUUACUUCGGAAGUUCAUUUCCGAAACAAUUAUUUCGGAAGUUCACUUCCGAAAUACUGCGAUUUCUGCAGAUUUAUCAAAACACUCCCCCUCCCCCAAUCAUUUACCCUAAAUCAAAACAAAAAGUGGCAGAGGCGAAAAUUUGUGCAAACAGAAUUCCAAAGCUGCAUCAAGGCUCCAAUCACACUGCUAAACAACAUUCAAAAGCCCUCAAUCCUAACACUUUGAACAUGUCUUCUAGAGAGGGCGCUAAGGGAAGAAAGGAUUCUUCAAAGAAAGAGGUGAAAGAGGUGAAGGAGGUGAAGGAGGUGAAGGAGGUGAAGGAGAAGAAGAAGGUUUCGACCGGCUCUACUUCUCGUUCCCAGGGGGCCCGGGGCCCGGAUGCUCAAGCUCAGUCUUCAGGCGUGAGAGUCGUGAUCAACGCUGAUGGUUCUGAGACUGAGUGGGAUGAGGAUUGGUAUAAUUAUCUUCAUUCGGAGGAGUUCGCUCGUCGGGAAGAAUAACGUGUUUUUUUUUGUUUGAUGUGUAUUUUGUAACGCUCGUCGGGCAGAAUAACAUGUUUUUGUUUUGUUUGACGUGUCUUGUUUUGUUCUGAUUUCGGAUUGUAUCGAAUAAUGUUUUUGUA